GUGAAGGAUGUUCGACGUGCCGUGCCGAGUUCGGCGCGAGUGCAUUCGGGCACAGCACAGGAGCCCGCCGCGUCCAGACUCGGAAGGGGCCCCGAUCGGUGAUUGGUAUCGGAGCUGUGCGCUGGUCAGGACACGGCGACGCUUGCUCUGCCCGAUCUGGAACGCUUAGGUAUCGAUGUGCGUCCUGUGAAGGCAGCGCGUUUCUUCUUGUCAGCGUGCUUUCUGGACAGGGAUGUUUCAUCCGCCGUCGAACCCAACGAGGUGCUCCUGAUGCUGCUCGGCGUCAUCUUCGCGGUGUGCGUGGUCAUCGCCAAAUACAACAGCGUCGGCGUCUCGGCGACGAGCACCGGCAGCACGCUGGGCCUCGCACUCUGCGUCGCGUCCCUUGUCUUCUCGUCGAUGGAGCUCAUCGUGGUGGUGAUUCUGGGGCGAGGCUUCAAGCUGAAUCCCAUCGACACGCUUCUUUACAUGGCCCUGCCCGUCUUCGUCCUCCUGUUGCUGCCCAGUUUCUUCCUCAAACACCCCGUGGCGUACCCAGGGCACCCGCCCUCCACGGACUGGAGCGUGCUCAUGGAGGUGGCCCGGCUGAGCCCCAGCACGUUGGUGCUUGCGGGCCUCUCAGGCGCCUCAGAGGGAGCACGCUUCUUCUUGUUGCAUCUUGUCAGAGACUUGUCGCCAUAUUUCGCCUCCUUCGCCGCGAACUUCAACAAGGUCGCGGCCAUCGGCCUGGCCUUGCUCAUGGGCAUGGAAACUCUACCACACGGAGGCUGGAGGGUCCUGAUGGUCGUGGGGGUGCUCGGAAACAUGGCGUCCUUCACCGUGUACAGCUUGUGGCCCAGCCAGCCAGCUCCAGCCAUGGCGGACGUCGGCAAGGCAAAGUUUGGAGAGCUCCGCCGCUGCAAGCAGAGCGACAGGGAGGACCCCUGA